GGAGCUCUGUCAAGCCUUAAGACGUCACGACAGAUUCAAGGAUUUCGUGGGUUUCAUUCACUACGAUACUUUGAUCUAGCAUAUCUGAGAUCCGACUAUGACGGAGUACCAAUAGUGGCGAAUGCUUUUCAAGACAUGCCGUCUCUGGAAAUUCUAAUCAUUCCAGGGGCUAAGUUACAUCUUAUGUCCAAUGAAGAGUUAAAGAAACUGGUGCUCAACAAUCCACGACUCAGAAUUCUAGAUAUAGCCGACAACGGGUUUAUUAACUUACCGGGCGAAAUGUUUAAAAUGAAUGCCAAUUUAGAGAUAUUGAAUAUAUCAAGUAACAAAAUACAUGAAAUAGAUUUAGAUUUGUCAUAUAGUACAGAACUUCGUGUUAUUGACCUCAGGAACAACCUAGUAAUGGAAACUAUAAGUGAUGCGUUUUUAAAAAGCGUUGCCAAGAUCACCGAAAUGACACAUCUUGAUAUCAUACUGAGUGGUAAUAAUUUGAAAUGUGACUGCAAUCUUCUGCAACUUGUAUCAAUAUUCAAUGUUUCUACUUCUGCUGAAUGUAAUCUCAACAGUGAAAAUCACUUAAUUGACACCAAUAAAAAUGAUUCGCUUUCUUCACUUUUAAAGGAAGCGUGUAAGUCGGAACAAAAACUCGAUUUACUUAUUAUCAUCGGUGGAAGUAGUUUGUUUGUGUUGAUAUCAGGUUUGAUUGCUGUGUGUUGUUUUAUUCAAUUCUGCAGAAGACGUAAGCUGCAAAACCCUGGUGACUGGAUAAUAACAUUAGCUGAAAACACGCCAAAACGAGACCAUGUUCCAACAUUCAUUGUUUUCUUAGCCUAUUGUUCUCAUAACAGCUCUUUUGUAAUGAAUACUCUGUACCCAAGAUUAAACAAAAAACUGAUGACUUUGCUUAAUCAACACGAUAAAGAAAAACUUAUAAUUGCUUACGACAAAAAAUUUUUAGCAGGAGAGGCAAUUGAUGUACUUAUUCACCAGGCCAUUGAAAACAGUUAUGUGACGGUAGCCGUUAUAUCAGACGAAUUCCUUAAAAGCUCUUGGUGCAGUUUCGAGGUGAAAAUGGCAUACACGUCAAAUGUACCGCUUAUUCCUCUUUAUUUGAACAAAUGUAAUCCGGAUAAUCUUAGUGGUAUAUUUAAAUUAUUAUAUAACACCCGUGUACGAUUGCUUUGGCCAGACAGUAAAGAUCUUGGACGACAUGAUCUUACCAAACAAGAAGAGAAGGUCAUAGAUGUUUUGUGUAACAAUGUGAUUGCGUAUGUGACUCAAACUAAACAACAAGAUAUAAAUAACGGUAAUAAUGACAUAAAUGAAGAAAUUGAAACACAAAUGUAAAAUAAAUAUGAUUAUUUAUAUUAUGCCUGAUUGAGUGAAAUCCUUAGUAUAUGUGUUUGAAUGGUGCUUCAUAAUACCAUUAGCCGUACAAUUAAACACCAAACUAGAGGGGAAAACUAUGAAUUCGGAAUAGCAAUGGGCGCAUAUGGAUUCAUUUAUUGUUUUCAUAAAACAAUUCAUAAAAGGUUAUCACAUAGGUUAUUCCAUUUUAAAUAAAUUGGAAUAAACCUGAAAAUCAUGAAGUCUAACAUUAUAACUAUAGAUAGUCAGUGAUAUAACCCUGCAUGCGUAGUAUGUGUUUAUUUGUCUCCAACUACAUGUGUUUAUUUGUUUUGUCUGACUGAAUGUCCUUUUGUGCUAUCUUCAUUGCAUGCACUGUCUGUGCUAAGCAUGGACUUUUUUAAGAGUUUUUUUUUACUGUAUAUGUAUAACAACCCAUUCAGGAGCCUGCUCUUGUGUUUCCAUAAGUUACUAUUUUUUAGUAUA